AUGUCUUUACCCGGGCUGUGGAGCCGUUGGGAUUCGCCCAUUACGAAUGCAACGAAUACGGUUCAACGAUCAAUCGAAAAAAUAUUGGCGGAUGCUCUGGACACCCCAACACCUGUUUAUUUUGACAAGCGAAUAAGCCCCGUGGAACCUUCCUUUUACGAAUGCAUCUAUAGCUUGCCCAAUUCUGUGGACACCGUUGUUGAAAGAUGUUACAAGGACAUUGGGUGCUGCGCAAGCGGUUGUUGUACAAAUACGGAUUGGCAAGCCAAAUACGGAUGGGCAGUUGCACUCAUUUGUUUAUUCUCACUCGUUGUUAUAAUCGCCGUCUUGUGUUGGUCAGCGGUUUGGCUCUGUGAACGUCGCAAAGAUCAAAGACAAAAGCAGGAAUUAUACAAGUACGGAACAUCGUCGGCCAAAUCUUCUCAGAUGUCUUUGGCUUAUCCGAUUCAAAAUGGAUACCAUUUUGGGACAGGACCAUUCCAAUCUCCCCCACUGAAUUAUCCAACCAAGUAUUAA